AGCCUGCUCUGGAUAGCCUGUGGAAGCACGUGCUGUCUUAGCAAUGGCGACCUUGCGGCUGUUCCGCACCUUCAUCGAUGCAGAAGAGGGAGUGAACGACUCGACCUGUCGGGCCAGGAGCUUACCAGCGGAAGCACGUGCGGCCGCAACAUGCGAGGUUGAGGAGUCUGAGUACGUGGCGAGUUUGCGACGCGAGGUCGAAGUCGAUGGCCAACUUCACUUACCAGCGGCAACGAUCCAAGCAGAGGUUCCAGAGGAGCAACUGACCGUGGGCAGCAUAGGCCAUCCUGUCCUUUGCCGGCGCGCUUGCGUUUGGUUUGCCAAGGGGAUGUGCAGUCACAGUGCCAAUUGUUCCUAUUGUCACCUGCCUCACCAUGCGAAUAUCACCUUCGACAAGCGCCAGUGGCAGCAGUUGCAACAGAUGGAUCUCGCUUCCCUCUUGGCCAUCCUGCUGCCGUCGCUCCGCGCCACCUUGGCAGCGGCUGACUUGCCGAGGGAACCCGCAGCACAGUUGUUGGCCACAGUGGAAGCGCAGGCUGCACCCACUGCACUGCAGCACGACCGCAUGCUUCAGCGAACCGUUCGGAGGAUGUCAUUGUCAGCGAUGGUGUUUUGCGAACUCCUCCAAGAACAUGUCGACCAUCUUCGUCAUGAGAUGACCCUCCCAUAGGUGUCGCUGUUCCAGGUGUCAACCACCUCCCUAAAGGAUGUGGACGGGCUGAGACCAUUGAAAGGCUCGACCAGAUCCUUUGACAUGCAAGAGUUUAAUGGGUCCACCAGCUCCUUAGAUGGACUUGAACUCCGUGUUUGUGAUUCGGCUCUGAAACUCGGCGCUGCCAUGACUGUCAUGGUGCCAACGUUUUUGAGCAGCCUGGCGGUGGGAGAGGUGUCAGCGCAUUUAAUGGGCUGCAGUUCACUCCACUAGCCGGGCGCCAAUACAGUCAAUGAACAUUCAGGUGAAAUAUUGCCUGAGAGGCUUAGGACAAGCCUGUGUCCAUGAUUGCUGGAGAAAUGCUUUCACUUCCUUUUUGAAGGCUGCAUGAUGUUGUACAAGGUUGCAGGUCGCCCACGUGUUCACGGCAUGGGUUUGUGGAAGCCCUUUAAAUUCGGAGUUUGCCGCGGACAAAAACUCUUUAAAGCUGUUGCACAGAUCAGAC